AUUACAUACCAGCACCCCAGAACUCCGACUAACGAUCAAGAUUCGAGAACACAAGGCCUCCUGAGCAUGUGGGAAAGCUUCUUUUGCAUUUGAGAAUGAGAUACGUACCGCCAGACCGAGUCUCAUUUUGUGCUUAUGACUCAUGGUGCCAGAGUUGGUCUUAUGGAUUGUGCUGGCGGUGAAGUUUUUUCACGGGUCGGCUUUGCAGGCGUUCCAAAUACCAUUGACAUUGCUCGUGGCCGUAGGCGUCUUGUGUAUCAAGUUCUAACCUGCCCUCGUGAUCACAUAUGGGCAUCGAGCAGUACUCGCGGUUCGGUCUGUUGUUUUCACCUGUGGUAGCACACCGGCAAGGCGGGAUAUCCGAUAUAUAUCGCAGGCACGGGUUCCGCAAGGUGGUGCUAAUACUGGUUUAUUACACUGUUCAUUCACCCGCUUCCCCUAGCUCCCUGCGUGUGCUCAUAAAUGGUCCGCAGCGCGCGUCCGUGACUGCUCCCCAGAAUUCGCAAUCUGGGAAGUGUGGUCCUUGUAAUGGCACCGCUGGUGCAUCUACUCAACGCAAAUUAAUGAGCACACUGCGACCAGUUUCCAAGUCUCAGCCUCGCGUCCCCGCUAGUUCCGCACAACAACCAACAAAAAAAAAACCACACUCAGGGAUCCGCCGAGAAGAUCUACCGAACGGCAGCCAGCAUUGCUUCCGCGAGGACUUGACACCCUUGACAUCGUCUCCACCCUCGAAAACCCUUGACAUGUUGCUAACCUUAUUGAUGUUAUGCAAUAGUGUAAUGAACGUGGCAUUCACGGACAUCGCCAAAUACAUUAGCUUCCUUGUUCCAUCAGUUUCAGACAUACAUGGCGAUAAAGAGACUGUAAAAUGUUAUCCGUUCAUGCGGCAGGAAGCGAAAAUCAUCAUGGACGAAGACGACGUAUCGAACACAUGGAAACGAAGGGCACAUUCUCGUCUGGUUUCUCACGCCCUUGCGCUCUACCUGGAGAUCAGAAAAAUUAUUCCACAAGCGUGGCGGCAGUCAGUGCAUAGCGCUAUUGAGAAACGACAGGCUUAUUGA